CUUUGAACCAUGAGCGACAACGGCGACGUCUGGUACUUUGCGAUCGGAUCGAUGAUGAACCCGAUUAGCCUCCAGAGCCGCAACCUCGCGCCGAUCGAGAGCUACCCAGCCGAGGUUCUGGACUUCCGCCUGCACUUUUUCGGGCACCUCGGCAUGGCCGAGGCCGUCCCGGACGUCGGCGCCUCGUUCCACGGCGUGCUGCACAAGAUGACAUCCGCCGAAAUGCUGUUGCUGGAUCAAAUGGAGGUGACGUACACCCGCGUGCCGGCAAAAACGCGCCUCUACGACGGCCGGCUCGUUGACGCGACGAUCUAUGGCCGCGAUGCAGCCACCGUCGCGGCCUUGGGACAAGAAGACAAGCCGCCGACCGAGCGCUACAUUGACAUUAUGGUGGGCGGCUGCGAGCACUACGGCGUCGCGGCUUCGCACAUUGCGUUGCUCAAGUCGGUGCCGUUCGUGCCUCGGAAAACGCCGAGCGAGUUUGUCUCGGUGCCCGUCCCCGAUGGUGUGCCUACGUUUACGGAAGAGAAGCUGCACAUCGGCACGGGCGUCGACGGACACCCGCUGUAUGUCUCGAUCAACGGCAAGGUCUGCGAGUACGUCGGCUCGACCGACUUUUUCCUCUACCCGCAUUACCUUCGCAUGGCCGGACAAGCGGUCGAGCCGGUGCUGGCCAAGAUGCUGUACGAUCCCAAGUAUGGCUGCCCGUCGACGCUGCAGGAAUUUACGCGCGAGUACUGUGCGUGCAUUGAAGACACAAUGAUGCACAUUUCAAGUGCCAACUUCAAGGUCAUCGGUCGCAUUGCGCAGUGCUACAACGACUAAAGAUCUAGACAUAUGGUACCUUUUGGUCUACAAACCCAUGAAAAAUGAAACUAAAUUGCACA